AGGAACUUCACUGCCAUGCUUAAGUUUCCUAAUUGUGUUGGCCAAGUAAUAUCCAAAUAUGGCUCCACACAUCUCCUUGGUUUUGAAGAAAAAAAGUUUGAGGGCAUGGAUAAUGGGAAGCAGAAGCAGCAACAACAACAAUGGAGUUAUGUAAAGGAAGAAACUUUUUCAAGCAAUCAAUUUCAAUGGCCAGCAAAAAAUUAUGGUUGUAAUUUUUGCAAGAGAGAAUUCAAGUCAGCUCAAGCUCUUGGUGGGCAUAUGAAUGUUCAUAGAAGGGAUAGAACAAGAAUGAGACUUUUGCCUUCUUGGGUGCCUGAUAAUAAUAAUAAUAAUUAUUAUUCUUACCCUAACCCUAACCCUAACCCUAACCCUAAUUUAUCUAAUUUCUCACCAUCUUGUUUCACUUUCAGAUCAUCAAAUAAAAAUUCUUUGUCUUCUUGCCCACAAGAUCAAGACAAGAAAGGAAUUGGGAGUUGUUCAUGGAACAAUAAUUACAAGCCUUCAUCAACCUCUCAUGAUCAAGAUGAUCAAGUUCUUCAUGUGUUGAAGAAAAAGAAGAAAAUUUUGGUUAAUUUAGAGCUGAAGAUGGGAAAUUUGGGAGAUGCUUCUUCAAAUGAGGAUCUUGAUUUGGAGCUACAUCUUUGAUUUGUAUGUUUAAUUAUUAAGGUUUUCUAUAAACCCUUUUUUUUUUUUAAUUUUCAAGAAGUGUUUUUCUUUUCUUUGUUUUUUGGAUGAGUGUUAAUUUAAUUUUAUGCGAACUUGUUGGCAUUUUGGCAUUAGCUACCACUGUUAGUGAGCAGUCACCUGUGUUUUAUUUUGACUCUAAAAUGGAAAAUAUUG